GCACCCCAUCCGCUGGCUCUCACCCCUCGGAGACGCGCGCCCGACAGCAGAGAACUUGCCGCCCAGCCACGCCCGCACGCCAGCCACCACAAGAGUUUGGGCAAGAGGGGAGAAAAGUGAUCCAGCAGGAGGAACUUCCAAUUUGAUUUUGAAAGUGUCUAAACUGGCGGGGCCCCCACCUUGCACCUCUCGCCGCGCGCUUCUUGGUCCCCGAGACUUGGAACGAAGUUGCGCGAAGUUUUCAGGUGGAGCAGAGGGGCAGGUCCGGGCCAGACGGCACCCAGAGUCCGCAAGAUGCUAGGUAGCAAGCGACUGGGGCUGUCCGGACUGACCCUCGCCCUGUCCCUGCUCGUGUGCCUGGGUGCGCUGGCCGAGGCGUACCCUUCCAAACCGGACAACCCGGGCGAGGACGCGCCAGCGGAGGACAUGGCCAGAUACUACUCGGCGCUGCGACACUACAUCAACCUCAUCACCAGGCAGAGGUAUGGCAAACGAUCUAGCCCAGAGACACUGAUUUCAGACCUCUUGAUGAGAGAAAGCACAGAAAAUGUUCCCAGAACUCGGCUUGAAGACCCUUCAAUGUGGUGAUGGGAAAUGAAACUUGCUCUCUGGCCUUUUCCUAUUUUCAGCCCAUAUUUCAUCGUGUAAAAUGAGAGUCCACCCAUCCUACCAAUGCAUGCAGCCAUUGUGCUGAAUUCUGCAAUGUUUUCCUUUGUCAUCGUUGUAUAUAUGUGCAUUUAAAUAAAGUAUCAUGCAUUCAAAAGUG